AUGGCGGGAUCUGUAGUAGCAGUAGAGAACGACAACUCAGAGAAGUCGGUGACCGCCAUUACCGACCAGUUCGAGGUCCAAUACUCUCGCUUCUUCAGCUAUCCUAGCUUCCCCUCAGCUCAUCCCUCUCUCAUCUCCAUCUCCUCCAAUCAUCGAAAACGUUUCCAAGGCCAUUGGAUCUCCACCUCAUCCUCCUCCACCGCCUCUCUCAGACUGCUCUCCGCUCACUCCAAAUCUGGUUCCGUACUUAUCGUCACUUUCCGUCACAAAAUCCUCGAAGAGCACUACAUUUUGAAGCUUCAUUUCACCUGGCCUCAGGUAUCAUGCAUAUCUGGAUUUCCUGCCAGGGGAAGCAGAGUUGUUUUUGUGAGCUACAAAGACAGUCUAGGCCAGAUUCAGAAGUUUGCCUUGCGGUUUUCAUCAAUAUAUGAGACAGAAAAGUUCACAAAUGCUUUGAAGGAGAUCUUGGAGGAUGUGAGGCUUACUGGGCUUCCAAGUGGUAACUUUGGAUCUGAAAUAUCAUCUCAAUCUGCGUUUGGCCCUUCUAAUGGGCUCCCAUAUAGGCCUAGGGAGGAUUGGAGUUCUAUGGCAUCUGCUGACUCUUGUACCUAUCAAAUGCCAAUAAGCUUGGAGUAUGAAGUUGCCCAAAAUUCAAGUACUCAGGAAACCGCACAUAACCUUGAUACUACUCGUGACGCUGAGGGCAUCCUUUCGUCCUUCCCCCCGAGUUUCACAUCAUUACUCAUGAACUGUUGCCCUGCAGUGGAACAAGAUGCCGCACAACCAUCUGUCUCUGAGGAAGUUGAUCUCAAAGUCCAACUAGCGAGAUGCUUGGAGGAUUCUUCAUUCCAAGAUAUCCUGAGUAAAGUAGAGAAAGUCAUCACUGAAAUGGGAGGUGAUCUGAUGCUGUAAUCAUAUGUAAUUUUGUAGUUGAUGAGCUUGCCUUCAGCACGCCUUGCCUCGUUC